AUGGAAGCGAAACCACAUGAUGGGUGUUCUGUAACCAUACCGCUACUGCUUGGCAAUGAUGAGAAGCAGCAUGAGCUUAGUUUGGAAGAAGCUGAGGGAGUGGAUUCAAUAGCUUGCCACUCCAUUACAGGCACAACCUCCUUCUUCAAGACCUGUUUUAAUGGUCUCAACGCUUUAUCAGGUUUUUCUUCUUCUUUUUCGUCGUUGAGUUGGAAUAUAAUCGGUACCAUAUGCAUUAGCAUCAGGAGGGUGGUUAAGCUUGACAGCACAUCCUUCUACACAGGCUUGUUAAUUCCAAGGUGUAUGGAUAUAGAUACAUCUAUAAGAAGCUAUCCUGAUAUCGGCGAACGAGCAUUUGGUACAAAAGGAAGAAUUUUUGUAUCCUUUAUCAUGAAUUCUGAACUCUACUUGGUUGCAACAAGUUUCCUAAUUGUAGAAGGGGAUAAUCUGUGUAACUUAUUUCCAGACAUGGGAGUUCUUGAAAUUUUCGGGCUUAGCAUUGGUGGAAGACAAUGCUUUGUUCUAAUUGUUGGCCUCAUUAUACUCCCUACUGUUUGGUUAAACAGCAUAAGCUUUCUCUCAUAUAUCUCUGCCACUGGAGUUUUAGCUUCUUUCCUCAUCCUCGAUUCGAUUUUGUGGGCUGGCGCGCUUGAUGGCAUUGGAUUUCAAGAAAAUGGAAUGCUUCUGAAUUGGAAUGGAAUACCUACCUCUGUCUUGCUCCCAUGCUUUCUGUUGUGUACCAUUACCUACGCAUCAAUGGAAGUUUUUGGGUACCUAAUGUUUGGUUCACAGGUAGAGUCACAAGUAACAUUAAACCUUCCAACCGAGAAAAUAGUUCAAGAGGCAAUUUACACCAGCCUGGUGAAUCCCAUUUCAAAAUAUGCAUUGAUGGUUAUGCCAAUUGUCCAUGCUGCUGAAAAUCGAUUGAGAUCUUGUUGCAAUAGAAGAUGGUUGAGCUUUGUGAUCAGCAUCACCAUGGUGGUCAGCAGCGUCGUUGUAGCGUUGGCCAUCCCCUUUUUUGGGCUUCUCAUGUCACUUGUUGGAGCACUUUUGAGUGUCAGGUUCGAUUUUGCUUCCGUGUUUGUGCUAUUUGAAGAUUUUUGGUACAUAUCAGUAAUUUCGAUUUGA